AUGCCUGAAGCGAACCCGAAAUGUGUGAAGAAGACACUGAACGCCGGCCGCGGCAAGCCGAGCAACUGGACCGAUGGCACCAAAGCCGUCUUCCACUAUCGUGUCCUCAAACCCGUCGAUGUCGUCGAUCCUCGACAAGGCAUGCCUCAGCACAGGUUUCAGACUUCUCGAUGUGAAUACAGGAUUCAUUUGAGCAAGCGUUUAAUGAUCUUUCUCUUACUAGCAUCCGAAAGGGUCCAGAAGAUACUGCGAAAAAUAAUAUAUUCGGAUACGUAUCUGUUCUGUUCAAAAAAAGAGAAGCAUACAAACUGAGUGGGGAAAAAAGGUGUAGAUAAGAGCACAGGCCGAAGUUUCUUUUUUUUUUUUUUUGAAACCAGCAGUUUCACUAUUUAACAGUUUGCUUUUUUAAAAUCUAAGAAAAGGCUCCCCUUUUUCCUAGCUUGGGAGCAACUUUUAUUCCAAUUCAGUUACCGAACUUUCAGCGACGCUUUUGUGUGCAUCGACGACACUCGAAGCCAGUGGCCCAAUGGCUACGGAAAACCGCUCGAAAUAGUUUUUGGCAAGAAAUUCCAGUUACCCGUCUUCGAAACUUGUUUGCGUUCGAUGUUAGUAGACGAGGUCAGUGAGUAUUCCUAAUCGGGAGUUUCGUUUUCUCAGAUAUCCCAGUUCGACAUUGAGUUGACGGAGUUGGUCCCCUAUCCGCUGAUGUCGAAAAAACUGCGUGAUAUAGUGAAGCCUUUGGAAAACGGACAUGGUCAUUCUCAUCAUAUGUGUGCCGCCAGCAUGGCCAAUGGGUACGAGAUUUCCUCGCGAAAUACGGAUAGAUGAAAUUUUUUUGAUUUGAAAAAAAUUGCUCGAAGUUAAAGUUUGUUCGUCUGCCACUGAGGAAAAAAAAACGACUUCAGUACGGGAUACCCUGAGUUGGACGACCUCAUGAAGAACCCCAGGCCUCUUCGUUUUGUUUUCCACUUGCUGAAUGUUUUGGAUCCGGAAGAGUACGAGGCUGAGCCGUGGCAAUUGAGCAACGAGGACAAACUGCUGGCGGUCGAAGAGCGACGGCUUCAGGGCAACUCUCUUUUUGCGAUGGUUUUUUUUUCUUUCUUCGACUCUCAGAAGACCGCUUUACAGAAAAAGUUUGAUCAGGCUAUCCAAAAGUAUCGCGAAGCUUUAGGAUUACUAGACACCUUACUUUUACGGGAAAAGCCGGGUGAUCCGGAAUGGUCAGAACUCGACUCUAAGGUUAGUUCAUCAUUUUCCAAGAAAAGUUGCCGAUUUGGACUUACUUAUGCUUGCAAUGUAACAGAGAUUUAUAGAAUGUUCCACUGUAUUUGAACCUGUCUCAGUGUUAUCUCAACAUUGGAAACGCCUAUGAGGCAGAACAGACGGCCACUGAAGUUUUACAACGGGACAACCUUAACGAAAAAGCGCUUUUUCGCCGCGCAAAGGCGCGAAUCGCCACCUGGAACCUGGAUGAAGUCAGUUUCAUCCACAUAAUUUUUUAUGACUGUCGCCUUACAAAUUUUUCUAUUUCUAGGCAGAGUCCGACCUGAAACUUUUACAAAUGCAACAUCCAGCUUCGACUUCUCUAGUAGCAAACGAACUGCAAAAUCUCGAAAAACGCCGCAUUGAGAAACAAGAAGGCUGCAAGCAAACAUACGGGAAAAUGUUUCAAUCAGCCUAA